AUGAUUUCAAGGCUCGAAGCUGCUACAUCAAGAUUGGAAGAUAUUGCUUCAUCUACAGUUCCACCACCAAUCGAUACCCCAAAAACAACUGGUUCUCCAACUCAACAAGCUACCGCAGAUCCUUCACUACCACAUAUUGCUGUGCAAGCUUCAGCCAUUAAGAAAGUUGUCGAAGAACAUGUUCCAGAAACCGUCGUAGAAUUCGAUAGCUUCAUUCAAGGAGCUGUUAAGAAAUAUGUCAAUCUUAGUGAUGAAAUUGGAGGAGUUGUCGCUGAACAGGCAUCUAGUGUAUUGAAGGCAUAUGUCGGACAACGAAGAUAUAUCUUGAUUACUACGAAAUCGAAGAAACCUAGCAUGAAAGAUCAACCAUAUCAAAAUCUCAUCAAACCUCUUCAGGACUCAUUUACUGCCGUUGAUGAUAUUCGAAAGUCCAAUCGUGCAUCACCAUACUUCAAUCAUCUCAGUGCUGUUUCGGAAAGUAUUGGUGUACUUGCUUGGGUUACGAUGGAAACCAAAGGACACAAACAUGUUGAUGAAUCAUUGGGAUCGGCGCAAUACUAUGGUAAUAGAGUUUUGAAGGAAUUCAAGGAGAAAGACCCAAAACAAGUCGAAUGGAUUCAAGCUUUUUAUCAAAUCUUCAGAGACCUCAGCGAAUAUGUGAAGGAAAACUUUCCAAAUGGUAUCCCAUGGAAUCCCAAGGGCUUAGAUUUGGAAGAUGCAUCCAAGGAUGUAGAUCAAAAGGCUCCAUCCCCUCUUGCACCUCAUCCAAAAGCUGCCACAGGAGGAGCUGCUGCACCACCACCGCCACCUCCUCCUCCUCCACCACCUCCUCCGCCAGUUUUUGACGCCAUUCCAUCAAAACCAGCGCCAAAUCAAGCAGAUGCAGGAGCUGGAUUAGGAGCUGUUUUCUCGGAAUUGAAUAAGGGAUCAGAUGUUACCAAAGGAUUGCGCAAAGUUAAUGCUGAACAAAUGACACAUAAGAAUCCUUCUUUGAGAGCAAGUGCUACGGUUCCAACAAGAAGUGAUAGUCAAACUAGUAUUAAUUCGAUUCAUGCAAAGAGUCCUGCUCCGGGUAAGAAACCUAAGCCAGAGAGUAUGAGAACCAAGAAACCUCCUGUGAAGAAGUUGGAGGGUAACAAGUGGUUUAUUGAAAACUACGAAAAUGAAUCCGCUCCAAUUGAAAUUGAAGCAUCAAUCUCCCACUCCAUCCUCAUUUCUCGCUGCUCCAAAACCACAAUCAUGAUCAAAGGCAAAGCAAAUGCAAUCUCAAUCGACAACAGUCCUCGACUUUCCCUCAUUGUCGAAUCCCUAGUUUCAUCUAUCGAUGUUAUCAAAGCACCAAACUUCGCAUUACAAGUAUUGGGCGUUCUCCCAACUGUUUUAUUGGAUCAAGUUGAUGGAGCGCAAAUUUAUCUUGGGAAGGAAAGUUUGAAUACGGAGGUUUUCACGAGUAAAUGUAGUAGUGUUAAUGUGUUAUUGCCGGAUUUGGAAAGUGAAGAGGGUGAGGGUGAUUAUAAGGAGGUACCUUUGCCUGAACAGUUGAGGACGUGGAUUGAGAAUGGGAAGGUUAAGACGGAGAUUGUGGAACAUUCUGGUUAG